AUGUUUGAGGUAAAACCGUCUCGGAAGGAAGCAGAAGCUGCUGCACGCGCGGUCAUGGAUCCGUUAAAAUUGAAAUCCGAGCUGGAAUUGGCCAGUGAUUUGGCUCGUCUUGCUUUGGUUCGCAAAGAACGGGAACAAGCAGCGCUCAAACGGGAACAGGAGAAACAGGCUCGUGAAGCCGCUCGGGUAGCGGCUGCCCAACGUGCCCAGGCAAAGCUCCUGGCAGCCAGACAGAAAGGUCCCGGGAAACCGGGCACGAAAAGAAGCGAAGCGAAACAUGCAAAAGCGGAAGCCCAGGCCAAAAGCAAGUCCGUGUCUGCCUCACCGAACGCGGAUUCGAGUACCGCUAGCAAUAAACCGGCCACUGAUACUUGA